GCUGCUUAUGGGACAGUCUUUAUUUGUCCACCAGGAAGGCAGAUUUCCAGGCCCCCAGCCCUCUCCUCCCUCAAGCCCCAGCCCCAUUCACCCAGGUCCCGAUUCCUCAGACUCAGGAGUCCAGGCCCCCACCUGGAAGGACCCCCUGAUUGCAUCAUCCACUCAGGCUGAUCUGGCCACGGUGGAAUCCCAGCUCCUGCCAACUGUGAAUCCACGUGCCAGAGGACCCCCGGAGUUCAGGCUAAGCAGCGAUCCUUUGAAUCUGCUCUCCCAGGAUCUGAAACAGAAUCUAUACCGUUCAGUUCUUCAAAACCCAGACUCCAGAGCUCGCCUGAAGACGUGAGCCAUUGAUGGGCUGGGCCGAGGCCGGGUUCGAGCACCUGGGACUGUGGGUCCCUGUGCUGGCUGUGCUUUUGCUGGAAGCCUGCCGGGCACAUCCGAUCCCUGACUCCAGCCCCCUCCUACAAUUUGGAGGCCAAGUUCGACAGCGGUACCUCUACACGGACGAUGCCCAGGAGACAGAGGCCCACCUAGAGAUCAGGGCCGAUGGCACAGUGGUGGGGGCUGCCCGCCGGAGCCCUGAAAGUCUCCUGGAGCUGAAAGCCCUAAAGCCAGGGGUUAUUCAAAUCUUGGGAGUCAAAACAUCCAGGUUCCUGUGCCAGGGCCCAGAUGGGACACUAUAUGGCUCGCUCCAUUUCGACCCUGUGGCCUGCAGUUUCCGAGAACUGCUUCUUGAGGAUGGGUACAACAUCUACCACUCCGAGACCCUUGGUCUCCCGCUUCGCCUGCGCCCCCACAACUCCGCAUACCGGGACUUGGCCCCCCGCGGCCCUGCCCGCUUCCUGCCACUGCCAGGCCUGCUUCCAGCACCCCCAGAGCCUCCAGGGAUCCUGGCCCCGGAGCCUCCUGACGUGGGCUCCUCAGACCCUCUGAGCAUGGUGGGGCCUUCACAGGGCCGGAGUCCCAGCUAUGCUUCCUAAAGCCACGGGCUUUUUGUUAUGGGGUCUCCUCUUUAUUUAUUGGGUUAUUUAUCUUAUUUAUUUUUUUAUUUUUCUUACUUGGGAUAAUAAAGAAUCUGAGAGGAGGA